AUACGGUAAUGUCAAUGACGGCGGCUACAAGUGGUUAAAUACACUAUGCGUGCUGAUCCUAAUGACCAGCAGAGCUGGAAGAAAUCGUAGCCAUGGCUGAGCUUCCUCUCUAUCUACUGCUCCUGGCUCUGCUGCUCGCCGUCCCGUUCCUCUCCCCGACACGUUCGUCGCGCCGGCGUGGUGGCGGCGGCAGCCGGCCGCCGCCGUCGCCGUGGGCGCUCCCCGUCAUCGGCCACCUCCACCACGUCGCGGGCGCGCUCCCGCACCGCGCGAUGCGGCGCCUCGCCCGCCGCCACGGCCCGCUCAUGCUGCUCCGCCUCUGCGAGCUCCGCGUCGUCGUCGCCUCCUCCGCGGAGGCCGCGCGCGCGGUCCUGAGGACCCACGACCUCGCCUUCGCGACGCGGCCCGUCACGCCGACGGGAAAGGUCCUCAUGCGGGAGAGCCUCGGCGUCGUGUUCGCGCCCUACGGCGACGGGUGGAGGGCGCUCCGCAGGAUCUGCACCCUCGAGCUCCUCAGCGCGCGCCGCGUCCGCUCGUUCCGCGCCGUGCGGGAGGAGGAGGCCGGGCGGCUUCUCCGCGCCGUGGCGGCGUUGACCCCGCCGCCGUGCGACGCGGGGGCCGGUGCGGGUGCGGUGAACCUGAGCGAGAGGAUCUCGGCGUACGUCGCGGACUCCGCCGUGCGCGCCAUCGUCGGGAGCAGGUUCAAGAACCGUGCCGCGUUCCUGCGUAUGCUGGAGAGGAGGAUGAAGCUCUUGCCGGCGCAGUGCUUGCCGGACCUCUUCCCGUCGUCGCGCGCGGCGAUGCUCCUCAGCGGGAUGCCCCGCCGGAUGAAGCGGGAGCGCCGGGAAAUGAUGGAUUUCAUCGACACCAUCUUCCAGGAGCAUCACGAGAGCAGAGCCGCCGCCGCCGCCGCCGGCGGCGACGAGGAGGACUUGCUUGACGUCCUCUUGCGGAUCCAGAGCCAAGACAAGACGAAUCCCGUCCUCACCACGGAGAACAUCAAGACCGUGAUCAUCGACAUCUUCGUGGCGAGCAGCGAGACGGCGGCGACGUCGCUGCAGUGGACCAUGUCGGAGCUGGUGAGGAACCCGAGGGUGAUGCGCAAGGCGCAGGACGAGGUCCGGCGAGUCCUCGCCGGACAGGACUGGGUCACCGAGGAGAGCCUCGGCGAUCUCCACUACCUGCGCCUCGUCAUCAAGGAGUCGCUCCGGCUGCACCCGCCGGUGACGAUGCUGCUGCCGAGGGACUGCCGGGAGCCGUGCCAGGUCCUCGGGUUCGACGUGCCGGAGGGCGCGAUGGUGCUCGUCAACGCGUGGGCGAUCGGCAGGGACCCGGCGCACUGGGACGCCCCCGAGGAGUUCGCGCCGGAGAGGUUCGAGCAGCGCGGCGGCGCCGCCCCCGUCGCCGACUUCAAGGGGACGGACUUCGAGUACAUACCGUUCGGCGCCGGGCGGCGGAUGUGCCCCGGGAUGGCGUUCGGGCUGGCCAACAUGGAGCUCGCGCUCGCCGGCCUCCUGUACCACUUCGACUGGGAGGUGCCGGGCGGCGGCGAGCUGGACAUGACGGAGGCGCUGGGGAUCACCACGCGGCGGCGCUCCGACCUCUUGCUUGUUCCCGCCGUUCGCGUGCCGCUCCGGGACGUAUAAAAACUGCUCCAGUCUCAUGUCGAUCACGUAUGCAGUCUCAUACCCUCAUUUGGUGCAGUUUCAACUUUUAUCAGUAACUUUAAAUUAUCGGAUUUUGUAUAUAUGUAAAAGCUGCAUAGUUAUAUUUAACAUGGAACAAGCAUCAAUAAUAUAA